AUGAUUGUAGCAGCAGUCCUCUCGUUGAAUCUAUUUACUUCAGCGAGUGCAUAAGAAUCUGAUGAACUCGGUCCUUCUUGCUAUUUUGAUUCAGACUGCAAUGACUAUGGUUGCUGCUCUAAUGAUCAUUGUGUGAAGAACUCAGUGUGCAGGAAACUAAGAGCCUAUCCUAAGGAAAGCUUUUAGACAUGCUACGUUAACAACGACUGUAUCUCUGAGUGCUGCCAUAACAACUUCUGCACACUGCAGGAUACCUGCGAUUCAAGUGAUACUGCUAUUCCAAUGGCUAUCUUCAUGGUAAUUAUAGGAUUCAUCAUGAUAUUUUUGAUGGUCUUCUUCAUCAGAGAUGUCCUGCUCUUCAGAAAGAAUAAGAGGGUAUAGAAGGCCCAAAGAAGCAAUAGCAAUUUACUUAUUGGCACAUCUUUAAUGAACGAUAAAGUUAAUCCAGAUGGAGAUAGAGCAGAUGGUAAAGCCCAAGGCAAAGAGGAAGAUAGAAAGAUGGAAUUUGAAGAGUUUAUGAAAUAAUAAACUACUAGAAAGUUAUCAGGAGACUUUAAUGCUAAUACCUCAGCAGAUAUGAGUAGUGACUUAAAUAGCAGCAGAUCAAGCAGCAGAAGUGGAGGAGGCAACAAGAGAAAUAGAAAGACUCUAAGAAAGGAACUAGGCUAUGGGGUAAACGAAGAUGAAGACCAAGAUUAUAAUUAUCAGUAGAGAUAACAACCAAACAAUCCAGCCUAGAAAAAGAUUAUACCAAAGGCACAACCACUAAACAUCAAUAAUAAUCUAUUGUGA